AUGGAUACUGAGGUCAAAGAAGGAGCAAUCUCCAUCCUUUCACCAGACGGAAAGACAUGGAAAAAGAGACAUUGUUCGCUAAAGAACAGAAUCCUUUACAUUUAUGAGUCAAAGCCUAAAACAGCAGAGUCUGAUAAGAUACUUCACUUUAUUCCAUUGGCUAGAUGUGGAGCCAUCACAACCACUGCCAAGGGACCAAAUGGCAAGGCAAAUUGCUACAAGGUAUCACAUCAGUUUGAUGAAUCAAUCAUGUAUUGGUUCUCCUCAGAGACUGAGGAUCAAAUGAAGGACUGGGUAAACAGUCUACAGGUGUGCUGCGCAGUGCAGAAGGAGGAGGUCGUAGAGGCUGUUCGCGGCCGCUCCAAGAGCAUUGCGUUCAAGCCCGGCGCACUCCAGAUCGCAGGCAUCUCAGACUUUGCCGGAUGGCUCAAGAAGCAGUCGGCAACCAGCCUCGGAAAGAAGGUGUGGAAGAAGCGUUGGUUCGUCCUCAAGGACAUGGUACUAUACUAUUAUGAGGGACCAGAGUCCAAGCUCAAGGGCAAGAUCUCCAUCCCCAACUGGAACGUCGAGGUCGACAAUGCGUUGGCAGGAUCAUUCUGUUUCAAAUUGUCACAUGGAGCCAACUCGCUUGUUCUGCAGGCAGAGAGUGAGGAGGAUCGCGAGAAGUGGAUUAGCACCAUAAAGGAGAACAACAAGGCGCUCACACAGAAGCCAGAGACAUCGGCCACUGCUGCCGCCACCGCCAGCGCUCCACACACUGGAAGCAGCCCACAAAAGGCUACCAAUGACAGAUUGGAGAAGCUUAAGGUUUGGCUCUCCUCAGUGUCUACAUUGGAAAUCCAGGAGCCAGGCCAGUUCCUGUUCAACAGCUCAUUCCUCGUCAACCUUUUGGAGAAGCUUGGACUGCGCCUUUCCCUUCCCGACAAGACCGAGUCUGUUGAGAACUUCACCUAUAUCCUCAAGGAGUUGACAACCUUUGGAGUCAACAUCGAUUCUUCAAUCUCAGCACAAGACUUCAUCCUUAUGAACUCAAUCAAUAUUAUACAGUUUGGAUAUGCUUUAUAUGACCAUUUCAAUGCUAAUGGAGCCAAUGGAUCGACUGCUGGAAGCAUUAAGGGAUCAUCAUCGACAUCUAGCAUUGCCACCAACAAGACAGAGUUGAACGAUUCGAACAACACCAAUCCAGCGCCCGCAGUUGUUGCCGUACAGACGACACCGACCAAGAAGGAAGAGAUGGUCAUCGGCGUCUCUGUGCCAACUGACGACACCGAGUCUGAGCUGCACGACCUUAUCAUGACGACGACCGAGUCGUCCAAGACUCUGUCUGCACAGAUCCACAGUGCUCCAACCACACCCGCCAAAUCCAUGCUGUCACCACUCAAGGGUAACAACGGCGUCGCCAACGGCAUGUCGCCACACCGUCCAGGCCUGAAGAUCCAGGAGACCCAGGACAUCAACGACGAGUUUGACAAGAUGUUCUCAUCGUUCGCCACCAACCUCAAGAAGUGCGGUUUCUGCAGUGAGCCAAUCACUGGCGAGUCGAUCCAGGCCGUCGGCAAGCACUGGCACUCACACCAUCUGCUCUGCUGCGCCUGUGGCAAGCACUUGAUCGCACUGGAGGAUGUUCCCUAUGUCGAGCGUAACGGUAACAUCUACUGCAAGGAGGACCAUGACAAGACAUUCAAGGAGAGCAACUGCACCAAGUGUAACAAGUCGCUGGUGUUGACCUUUGCCUACAAGGGUGCCCUGCUGUGCAAGGAUCACUAUGCAUUGGAGACUGAGGAUUUGAUCUGCCAAGGCUGCGAGAAGCCACUGGGUGAGCUGCCCUACUACGCCAUCGAGGGCAAGAAGUGGCAUCAUGCACACUUCAAGUGCACCUACUGCAAGUGCGCAUUGAAUCCAAAUGACUUUGCUGUCAAGAACAAGCAGCCCUAUUGUAAAUCAUGUAACAUCUCUCUGUUCUAG